CCACCUCCCGAAAUCGGAGGUCUCAAGGUUGGCAAGUAUGCCUGACAUAAACUCAGGUCCUGUUAAUAAUAAUAAGGAAAUACUCGUAAAAAGGUGGUGUAUUAUCUGUAGUAUGUGACAAAAAACACUGACAAAAAUUGGUGCAGUGUCCCGUCUAGGAAAAAGACGCCGCCAUGACGUCAACACCAUGACGUAACCACUUGCCUCAUGACAGCGCGGCGAGAGACUCCUUCCAGCCGAGUGAUGUUGUCAAACCACCCAUCCACUUCCGUCAAGUGGCCCGUCGAAGAACAAGGAGCUCGGUGCUAAUGCUAGCUAACACUAGCAGACUGCCCGUGCCUGUUUGUGACAGCGAGCUAACAACGUUAGCAUGAUGCACGCACAAGCCAGGCUGGCGCAGAGGUCAAAUAAGCGUCAACAAUGAUUUGAUGAUGGUCCGCACCGAUGGCGUCUCUAAAUACGAGGCGACAGCGGAUAAAAGGCGGCCUCCAGCCGAGAUGCUCCACCUGCUCUCCGCCGUCAUUGUUUGGCUGGUGACCGGCACCACCAUCUCCAGCCUCAACAAAUGGAUCUUCGCCGUCUACAACUUCAGGUACCCGCUGCUGCUGUCGGCUCUGCACAUGCUGACCGCCAUAGUGGUGGACUACGGCUUGAUCAAGCUGCGGGUGAUCCGCCACGCGGGCGUGGGAGAGCAGGACCUGACCACCGGCGCCAAAUGUAAAGUCUUCCUGUUGAGUCUCACGUUCUGCGCCAGCAUCGCCUUCGGCAACAUGGGCCUGAACUAUGUCCAACUGUCCUUUGCACAAAUGAUCUACACCACCACACCACUUUUCACCCUGGCCAUCUCCACGCUGAUCCUGGGCAAGCAGCAUCACUUCCUCAAGUACACGGCCAUGAUGCCCAUCUGCUUAGGGGCGUCCUUCAGCAUCAUGGGGGAGGUCCAGUACGACCAGACAGGCUGUUUGUUUGUCAUCGCGGCCACCAUGUUUAGGGGUGUCAAGUCCAUCCAACAGAGCAUUCUCCUCCAGGAGGAGAAGAUCAACUCUGUCUUCCUGCUCUACCUGAUGUCCAUCCCCAGCUUCUGCAUCCUGGCCUUGGCAGCCCUGGCCCUGGAGAACUGGGCCCUGCUGGAGUCGCCGCUCCACUACGACCGGCACCUGUGGCUCUUCAUCCUGCUCAGCUGCCUGGGCUCGGUGCUGUACAACCUGGCCAGCUGCUGCGUCAUCACGCUCACCUCCGCCGUCACCCUGCACAUCCUGGGCAACCUCAACGUGGUGGGCAACCUGCUGCUGUCCCAGCUGCUGUUCGGCACGGAGCUGUCCGCCCUGAGCUGCGCCGGAGCCGCGCUCACGCUCUCCGGCAUGCUCAUCUAUCAGAACUCUGAGCUCAUCGUCCGCUACAUGGACACGCGCAGAGCCAAGGCGAACGGCGCGCCGGAGAGGGACGAGACGCAAAGAACAGAGGCGGACAAGACAGCCUGAGCUCCAGGAAGCAGCUGACCUUAUAAGGUGAUGUUGUGCCAGAGUCAUACUUGCCAACCCUCCCGAAUUUUCCGGGAGACUCCCGAAAUUCAGCGCCUCUCUCGAAAGACAAACAUUCUCCCAAAAAUCUCCCGAUUUUUAGCCGAAGCUGGAGGCCACGCCCCCUCCAGCUCCAUGCAGACCUGAGUGAGGACAACCUUUUUUCACGUCCGCUUUCCCACGAUAUAAACAGCGUGCCUGCACAAUCACGUUAUUCCACACGAGGCGUCCGGCAUACCGCCGAUGAGCAUGGUGCAGAUGGAGAAGAUCUUCUCGGCGUCAAUGCCAAAGCCGACGCUGGUCAGGCUGCUGAGGGUGAAGUAGAGGGCGGCGAUGUACGAGCUGCGCACCGACGGGCCGCCGACCGUGUUGUUGACGUAGGGCAUCUCCAGGCGUUUGCCCAGCUCAUGGAGCCAUUAUCGGGGAAGAGACGGGAGGACAACAGGGUGACAAGAACUAAAUCAUCCAGACUAGAGAUAAAUUGUAUUAUUAUGUUUAUCUUACCUAAAAAUAAAUAUAUUUAUUAAUUUAAAAAAACGAAACUAAAUACAUUUUUACUAUAUUUUGCUAAAAACAUCAAAAUUAAUUGUAUUUUUAUUUGUAUUUUUUUC